AUGGAGUGCUUUGAUAUGAGGACCCAUCUGCAGAUGGAAGAUCUCAGCGACGAGAGUUUCGUAUCUUCCGACUCCGAGGUCGACAUGGACGACAAUCAGCUUUUCUUGGAGCCAGAGGAGCAGGAAACUUCCCCUGUGUGGACCGAGCUAGAAAAGGAGGACGAGGCUGUUGCUGUAAAGGAGGAGAGCGACGACUCUAAGAAGGGCAAGUGCGAGGUGGUCGUGAUCCAGUCCAGGCAACUCCCAAUGCAGAACUCUUGUGCGGUUGAGAUCACAUGGGAGAAGCUCGAGCAGCACUUCCACGAGAGCCUCCCCGUUGCGGCGUCCAAGCUUGGUAUCGGCAAAUCAACGAUGAAGCUUGUCUGCCGGAAGCUGGGACUUGUCAAGUGGCCUUACAAGAACAAGGGAGGGAGGCAGCUGGCAGCUCAGGGGAGCAAGAAAUAUCCCAACGUCGGGUUCGGUCAUCCCCUCCGCUAUAACCACAUGUGGAGGUCCUACCAUGACUACCAGCUGUCUAUAUCCCUACACCCCCUCGCUGAAGGGAUCUACCGUGCAUAA